AGAUGGCCUCUUUCUCGAUGGCAUGUUCGAAGAUGUGUGCUUCAUCGUUUGCGGCGAGAUUUGUUCUCUCUAACCUGAGGUCAAACAUAGGUAUGUAGUAAUUAUUGUAGAUUUAUUUUCUUGCACUCUUUGAAUCGUGAGAUUGAAGACAACUUAUGCAGAAAAACAUUUCAUUGAUUUGAACUAUACAGUACUAAGCUAAUAUACAGCUACAUUAUAGCAAUCAUUUGAACCCCAUUUGAACUACUUUCAGAGUUGUAAGAAAAGGGUUUUAGUCACCUCUGUUUUGUGACUCUUGAGUUUUUCGCUUUUUUCAAAUCUAAGUAUUAAAAUGUCGUACAUGAGCCACGAGCCACGAGCCGUAUAAAUGCAUUAGUCAAUUAUAGCUGCGCCCACCCCCGCUUCCCCCAAAGGCUGACCCCAGGGCAUUAGCAUUUUUUUGCCUUGGGUGGCAAAUUCCUGGGGGUGGGGACUCUGGAACUGUAAAAUCCCCCGGUGUACGAAUGAAGAAAGAGAACGAAUGAAGAGUUUCUUCUUACCUUGAAAAAAGGCUCUUAAUAGACCUAUUCGGCUAACUCAAUGUUGUACCCAAUUCAAACCCUUUGGGAAUAAAACGUUUUGUUUCAGGAAUUUCCAUAUCAUUUAAAUGUGAAUGCUACAUUAUAAUGCAAAUGCAAUACACAAAGAAUCUUAUCCCCGGGAGAUUUGAAUUGGGUACAACAUUGAGUUAGCCGAAUGGGUCUAUCCGUACUGUUUUUGUUUUGAUUGAUGUUAAAACUGAACGUUCGACAUGAUCGUCCAUUGUGCAAAAAGUAUGUGUUUCGUUCGUAGCAUAUAUUUGCAUGUGUCAUCGGUGUUUGUUACAAAACAGAAGAGUCUGGGAUGGAGUAAAACAUCGAAAUGAAAAAGAACAUUCGAGUUCGUAGCAUCCAUUGGGAGAAAAGACCAAUUAAACAUACACUGUCUUUCUAGUUCAAGUUCGUAAGUAUAGUCGGAAGUCAGUCAGUCGCACUGUGCUUUGGGUUUUACGGUACACAGGGGCGAUUACACAUGAAUUUUUAGGCGCAGAACCAAAAAUCCAGUUGCAUAUGCGACCAGUUAGUCGCUAACUUUGAGCCCUGCAACCCUCUACAAUUUCUUCCGUCUUUGACAGAUCAGCCAGUCUACUUGUUUUUCCAGUAAAAUCCUCUGUGUAGUUAUAUUUGGAUAGGAAACCACAUGUGUGUCAAAAGCUCGUGGGUAGCUCCGUGGUUGACAAAUGCCCAGCUUCCAAGCAGCACAAAAUUUGUUAAUGCCCUACCCCGGGACUGACAAGGAAAGCAAAUGCCCUGCAGUAGCCCAGGGAGAGGGGGGGUGGGGGGUGCUGGGCACAGCUGGAGUUGACUGAUGCAUAAAGCUAAAAGUGAAGCAAUUUCUACCUGCUACCAUCGAUCUUCCCUGUCGGUAAAAACCCAGAGAUUGCAUUUUCUUGUUUUUGUUUAAUUUGGAGACAAAUAAGGCCCGGUUCAGGCGCCGAACUUUUCAUGAGCCGAAGCUAAUUGGAAUUAAGGCCGCCCAAACUAUUAAGACUGGCUGAAUAGGUUCAGACACCAAUCUUAAUUGCAGCUGAACUAGGUUCAAAAGAUGAAAACUGUUCCUUUUAGUCAAACUGCUUACAAAAUAUGUUACAAUAAUUUAUGCAUUAGGUUUGGUACAUGAAAAGUUCAGCGUCUGAAUCAAAGCUGUUCCAAAGUCGCCCUAAAGGCGAAACUCCCAGCCGGGCCAGGCGAAAAGAACAGCUGAGCUUUUCCAAAUUCAAACAGGCAUUCCUAAUUGAUUCAGACACCGAACUUUUCACGAACUUAGUUCGGCUCAUUAAAAGUUCGGCAUCUGAACCAGGCCUUAUAUUAAGGAUAUCUGGUAGAAUUUCGAGCCUUUAAAUUCAAUUUAUUUUUGUAGAGUUGUUGUCAAAUUCUCAGCACUCAAGUGUGAAUAUUAUGCCCAUUGAUGACCUGGUGAGGGGCAGGGGUGGGGAGGGAAAGUGUAGGCUUCAAAAUCUUGCACAGAGUGAGGAACAGGGCACCGCCUGUUACAUUGCGACAGUAUUUAUUUUCAAAUAUGUAACUAAUGUAACUGCCUUAAGCUACCUUAACUUGUGACGUUUUGUUCUUUAUCCUUGAUGCUCAUAGGGACUCUUUAUAAGGCAAGAUUGUUUGUUAUAUUUUAGGAGCUGUUUCUCAAACUCGUCUACUGACUUCUAAUCAGCAGUCCAAUGGCAAAGUCGACAAGUCACUUCUUUCUAAAUUAAGGAAAGAAACAGGCUUUGGAUUUGCUAAAUGCAUGGAAAGUCUGCGGUUGAAUAAGAAUGAUUACAAUGAAGCUCUGAGAUGGCUGGAGGCAGAGGCAGAGAAACAGGGCUGGGAAAAGGCAACUAAACUGCAAGGAAGGACAGUUUCAGAAGGUCUUGUUGGUGUUCUGGUGGAUGGUAACUUUGCUGCCAUGGUUGAGGUGACUAAGUUGUUUCAGUUUAUUUUGGCUUGUGAUCAUUUUAACCUGUUCAUCCCCAGAAGAGGCAUAUUAGGUCAAAAUUAAACAGCAAUUGAACGUUUCACUUUACAAAAUGCUGAGAAAAACAAAUAGUACCAUGUGAAGGACUUUUCACACCACAAGACUUCGUCCACAGACUACAUGUUCACACUGGGAUUGAAAGGCUAAAGAAGAUAAAAUAAUUUUAUUUGAAAACCUUUGGAACAUGUUUAAUCUGUUAAACAUUAAGCAACAAGUUCCACAUAAAUGAAAUCAAUUUGUGUAUUUAAGGAUGUAAUUGAACAACAAACUAUUUUCAUAUUGUUCAUAAGUUUUUCCAAUGUACGCAUGAAAUUACACGAUAAGGUCAGUUUUUCUUUUAACUCUGAAGCCUUUGGAUUUGGAACUCUGACAAAAAAAACAGUGAAACCUUUAAAACCAGCUAAGAAUGACAAACAUUUUAUUUCUCCUCAUAGCAACACUGCUCAGUCAAUAGGCCGUUUGCAUGAUGAUGUCAUUUUACCACUAAGACCAGAAUCCAUCAGGGUUUUGCUUUCUUGUGCAAAUUAGUGCUUUUGUUAUUUAAACCUCUCUGGGAUUACCAAAUUAAAAUGUGAAAGGAAAAUCCCAUCUGGGGCUCAGAUUUUUUCUGUGUUUGCUUAUGGUUGAUUCUUGACAUCUCCGUUUAUUUCUUUUAUAAUAUGAAAGGAAAAUCGUAAAGGAUUCUGGUCGUAGUGGUAAAAUGAUGCCAUUGUGCAAAUUUCCUAUUGUUAACAGUGUGCUAAAGAAAGAAAUGAUCAGCAAGUGAAAAUGUAUGGAGAAGAAUGCAGAGAAUGUACAUGCUGAUAAAAAUCAAUCAAUUAAUCAAUGAAUAACAAUUUAGAGGUAGCACAUCUACUAAGUGGGACUUCGUCUAUCUGAUUCCCGGUCGAAUUUGAAUUUGGAAAUGCUGGUUUUUGAGUAGGGAGUAAAACCUGUGUACCAGGACAAAAAUGCUCUAAAAGCAAGAGAGGGAACCAACAACAAACUCAACCCACCUACGGCAUCAACACCAGGAUUUGAACCCGGGCCACAUUGAUGGGAGGCGAUUGCUCUCACCACUGUUCAACCCUUGAUCUGGUAUAAUAGUUAAAGGGUUAUUGCAACCACUCAGCUUUAUAAUUAUUAAUAGCGUUUUCAAAAUAGAAAAUAACUGAGCGUCUUUUCUCCCACCCAUUGUGUUAACAUCAUGAUCCUUCAGUUUUGGUUAAACAGUGAGAUUUUAUGAAGAAAUUAGAGGGCCACAGGGUUCCAAUAGAUCUUAGUCAACAAAACAAUAUAAAGAGGAUUGUUCUUGUUCUUUUUUUAGGUUAACUGUGAGACUGAUUUUGUAGCGAGGAAUGAACUUUUUGUAGACUUGGUCUCCAAUAUUGCAAAUAUAGCAGUUUCGAAGCGCAAGAAGAUCGUUGAUCAAAACCAAAAGAUAAAUGCAUUUGGUAGUCAACUUGAGCACCUGCGAGAGGUUAUCCCUGAGCACAAACUGCGAAAUGAGAAAAUACAAAACAGCAAUGGAGAAACUGUGGGAGAUUCUGUGACCAGAACUAUUGGCAAACUAGGAGAAAACAUCAAAAUAAAUAAAGUGGUAACCAUGACAACUGAAGAAGCCAAUGUGAUUGGUAAGUAUGUACAUGGCUCCUUUGUGACGUCAUCGGGAGGAUGCUUUUUGGGGAGGUACGGCGGAAUUGUUGUUAUAAAACCCAAGCACGAUGAAGUCAAAUUGGAUUCCAUGUUUAGUUUGGCAAAUAAAUUAGCACAGCAUGUUGUGGGAAUGAAUCCAGCAGUGAUUUCCGAACACGACAGGGAAGAUAAGGAAGCUGAAAAGGGUGACAGUAGUGAUGUAUUGCUUGAGCAAGACUAUUUGCUCGAUGAAAAAAUGACAGUGAAGGAUUUGGUGGAGAAGGAACAAGUUGAAGUUGUUGAUUUUGUUAGAUAUGAAUGCGGGGCAUAAACAGCUUAAUAACCAAGAGCUUAAACGUUUAUUUCCGAAUAGACCGAGCCAUUUUAUAAAGAAAGAAGCUAUUAAAUAAACUUUGC